CCUCCAUUUUCAAAAAGUUUGAAGCACCACCACAGAUAAUCCGCUAAAAUGCACGAAGCUCAGCGAAGGCAGCUGGUAGUAGGAUCAGCUGUUGUCGUUACUGUCGGCGUAAUCCUUUAUCACGUUUUUUUCCGGAAACCAAAUAGUAAUUCACCUACUGAUGGCAACGACAGGAGAGAAUCUUCUCAAGAAAAAGCAGUCGAGUCCAAAGCUGAAGCCAAGGCUAUAGUUGCGGACCAAUUGAAAGCAAAAAACGCAGGGGAUGAAGACGUGGUCGUGGCUACAAUCGAAACCGUUCAAAUUGAGGUCAUCGAAAAAACUGGCAGUGCUUCAACGGAAGAAUCGCUGCAUGAAAGUGCAAGUGAAGAGGAUGAAGCAAACUCAGUUGCCGAUGGAGAAUCAACCGAUGCUACAGAGGAAGAGGUAGUCAAAGAAAUCAUUAGGCAAGAAGAAGGAUCAAUGAACCAUAUAGCUGAACAAUUAGAAGAAGCUGUCGAAACCAUUAUGACCACUGCUGAAACUGUGGAAACUGUCCUUAAUACCGAGCCAAUUUUGGAUGCUGAAGUGGAGGAGCCUGUCUCCAUUGACGUUGAAGUAACUGCCACCAUUACUGCCGAACCUAAGGUACCGAAGUCUCCAUGGGAAGACGUGCCUACUAUGAAUGAAACAAACGUAUGGGAUUCCCCUGAGUGGACACCCCAGCAACAGACGCAGCCUUCGGAGACAAGUACAGCUCGUCACUCUGACUUAAAUAUCAAUUCAGCUCCAUUUGUGCCCAAACAGAAGGUCAAGCGAUUAGAAUCACCAGAGCAGCGUCGUGAGAUGAUGAACAAGCAACGCCAAACCACUGCUUCCUUCAAAGCAAGAUGUAGAUAUUGGCCCAAGUGCACUAACAAAAAGUGCAAGUACGUUCAUCCAAUGUAUCCUUGCCGUAAUGAUCCAAACUGUAAAUUUGGCGAGCGAUGUAUUUACUAUCACGCAAAAGAUUUGGGUGCAACCAUACAACCAAAGCCUUGAGGUGCGAUGUUAGCUUUAUGAAUCAGGUUUCUAUAUUUCAUUUUUAUUAUUUCUUUUUCUUUUUGCUCAUUAGACGUAAGCUUUUCAUUUGUCUUUAUUGCAAGGACGAUUCCCCCAACGAUCGAAGCAUCAUCCAUGUUUCACAGAGCAUAGUGACCGUUCUUACCUUCAUCUCUCCUGUUCAAUUUUUUUUUUUUUUUUGCCUGUAAACAAUUUUUUUUCGUUCUUUACACACCAUGUUCUUCUUUUGGGCUCUUAUACUGUUGAAAUUUCUUUUGACUUUUUUUUGAUUUGCGUUCAAUAUACCGCCGUUUUAAACGAUGCUUUUAUUAUGUCGUCAAGCA